UACAUCAACAACAGUCAUCUGCGCCAAAUGUCCAACAAAUAUCAUCAGGGGAGCCACCUACCUGCUGAGAAUUGCGACAGGAAAGCCAGAAAUCCAGGCUGAUCAAUCCUCACGAUCCUGCGCUUCUUAACCCACACUGCACAUCGCACACCCUCAGAAAGGAUGGCACCGAUGACAUUGCCCGUGUCUGAUGCCAAGGUGACUUCGGUUGAACACCCUUGUGUUGUACGACAUGAUCUCGAUAGAGCAAUAAGCAUGCUGGGAGAUGCAGAGGAUCUUGCUCAAUGUCUGCCUCAAGACUCUUUUGAUCCCUCUGAUACACCACUCGGACUCAAAUUCCAACCUGACGACCCACAGUGUCGCCCCGUUGUCUCAUAUACCACUCAAACGAACAAUGUCUUGCUCAAGCUGACAGUUCCCAAGCGGACCGGCCGCAAAAGAAAACGAGGCUCGGAUGAACCUUUCUUUAACACGUCGCCUUUGUCUCCACCUCCACCACACAACGCCGAGUAUCUGUUGCAAAGCCUGGCGGACAAUCCUGAUGGAUGUCAAGUCCAAGCCAUUGCUGGCAUCCAAUCAUCUCAUAUAUGGCGCACCAUGCCUGACUUUGUCUACUCGACCAAAGGCUCUAAGUUCAUGGACGAUCUUCAUAGUAAAGUGCUGCCUCAUGACUAUGGCUUGCUAAAAACUUGGUCAUUGCCCAGGACGUAUGGGCUGACCAACACCGAAACAUUCCCACUUCCGAUAAUGUCCACACAUGGUCUACCAGCCAACUACACCUAUCGUCAGAACCCAGCGGUCAAGACUGUGGCCGAUCCCCUGACAGGGAAACAAACGCUGCGCAACAACCAGGCACCUCUUCGUCUUUUCACUCAUCAGUGCCAACACAGCGAUGAGCACUGGCCUGACAAGCCACAUCCACGUUGUGUGCCACUUGACCAACAGCCCAAGGCAUUGCAGCAAAUCUGUCAAAGGCUGGAAGAGCUGUUCGAAAAACGGCCACUAUGGACUCGCCGUGCCCUCCUCAAUCAAUUUCCGGAUUCAUUUUCGACCAUGCUCAUUCGACACGCCAUUGCCUAUGUCACGUUCGCGAUACGGUCGGGCCCUUGGAGGGAUACCUUGUGCAAACUGGGGGUUGAUCCACGAACCGAUCGGUCGUACCGAAAAUACCAAACCGUCCUUAUCCAGUUGGUGCCGCGUCACAAGGCGAAAGAAGAAGCGCGCGAAGACUACAGCCGCACGUGGGUUCGCAGUACAGAUCGCGAGUCACACAUAUUUACCGGCCAAUCCAAUAUCCCACCGGAUGGCAAAUCGUGGCAGUUGUGUGAUCUCGUCGACCCAGACCUGAAGACCCUGGUAGAUAUCCCUGAUGUCUAUAUCCGCCACGAGUGUGAGACCAGAUACUUUGGGUGGUAUGCCAAUGGCACCAUGGCCAAGAUUCGGGUGGCCGUCAAGGCAAAGAUCGACGCUCUUAUUGAAGGGGAGCCACUUGACCACCAUGCGCUAGCAAUGUUUUUACAGCUGCCCGAAGUGUGGGAGCCCACUUCGGAUUUGGAUGCUGGAUAUUUGCCGAAACAUGCAAGCAGAAAAGAACUCGAAUGGGCGAGCGCCUAUCGGUCGCUGUGCAGAACUGUUUCCGGAAAUGUGCCUGUGUCUGGGGGUAGCGGCAAAGGGAGGCUAUCUAAGACCAACUCGGUGGCAGGCAUGACCCCGAUUGAUCCGAACCUGGAAGAUAUGCAAUCACCAAGAGACUACGAGGUGCUUGGAGAAGAAUAUGGCGAUGUUGAAGACGAGGAUAAUGCCGGCCACGACCAACAAGAUGACGAAACCUAAGUGUA